AAGAAAAAUGAUUGUAGCAGCAGGGCAGAGGUCCAAUGGCGGAAUUGGGAGCGGAGAAUUGUGCGAUUUUGUCCGGCAAAUGGUGGCCGGACGGUGGUUUUCGCUUUUCGCUUCGUUCCUUGUAAUGGCCGGUGCGGGUGGAGUUUAUUUGUUUGCUUAUUACUCUAGAGACAUCAAAACGACGCUCCAAUGUGAUCAAACGACAUUGAACAAAAUUGGGUUUUAUAAAGACUUGGGAUCCAAUGUCGGCGUUUUCGCCGGACUUUUGGCCGAGGUGGUGCCAACUUGGCUUCUUCUUCUCAUCGGCGCCGCCUUCAAUUUUAUGGGUUACUUUAAGAUUUGGCAAGCGGUUACCGGCAAAAUUGUCCGCCCCACCGUCGCCUUCUUUUGCUUUUACAUUAUGAUUGGAGCUAAUUCUCAAAAUUUUGCUAACACAGGAGUGCUAGUGACGUGCGUGAAGAACUUUCCAGAGAGAAGAGGAGUAAUGCUGGGGCUUCUAAAGGGCUUCGUGGGUCUAAGUGGAGCCAUAAUGACCCAAUUUUACAUCGCCAUUUACGGCCAUGAUACAAAAUCUCUUGUUCUUCUACUCGCUUGGUUCCCUUCUUUAAUCUCAUUGCUCUUCGUCUACACAAUCCGAGAAAUCAAAUCCGUAAAACACCCAAAUGAAUUCAGAGUUUUCAUUCAAUUCCUUUGUGUCACCGUCCUCUUAACUAUCUUACUCACCGUCAUAAUCUUCAUUCAAAAACGUAUCCAUUUCGAUCAAUCCGCUCACAUCGCCAUUGUCGCUGCAAUCCUUGCUCUCCUCUUUGUUCCAUUGUUAAUCGCCAUUAGAGAAGAAGUCGUGCUCUGGAAUCUCAACAAACGGACCCGAAUUUCAAACCCUUUUACCAGAAUCAAAAUCGAAACCUCACAAACAAACUCCCCAGUUGAUUCUCCCUCAACCUCACAACAUCCGCAUCCACAUCCACCUCAAACCCAACCCACAUCAUGUUUCUCCAAAAUUUUCAACAAGCCCGAACGAGGCGAGGAUUACACUGUUCUUCAAGCCAUUUUCAGUAUCGAUAUGCUUAUUAUAUGCUUCACUAUGAUGAUCGGCGUCGGUGCGAGUUUAACCGCCAUUGAUAAUCUAGGUCAAAUCGGUGAAGCACAAGCCUACUCGUCUGAAACAAUCAACUUACUCGUUUCAUUAAUGAGUAUUUUCAAUUUCGCUGGUAGAAUCUUUUCUGGGUUUGUCUCCGAAAUCUUGCUUGAGAAAUUCCAAUUCCCUCGUCCAUUGAUGCUCACAUUGAUCCUCCUGAUUUCCUGUCUUGGACAUCUUUUAGUAGCUUUCCCAUUUGAUGAUUCACUUUACGUUGCAUCAAUCAUAAUAGGAUUCUCAAUGGGUUCACAAGUCCCAUUACAUUUCGCUAUGAUUUCAGAGAUUUUUGGUCUUAAACAUUACUCAACAUUGUUUAAUUUUGGGCAACUCUCUUGUCCAAUUGGGUCUUAUAUUCUGAAUGUUUUGGUGACUGGGAAGUUGUACGAUGAAGUAGCACGUAUUGGGAGUAAUCCAAACAUGCUACAUUGUGUAGGGACCCAUUGUUAUGAACGAUCGUUCUUGAUUUUGGCUGGAUUAACGUUUAUGGUAGCGAUGGUAUCAUUGAUUUUGGUGAAAAGGACCAGGGAAUUUUAUAGAGGGGAUAUAUACAAGAAAUUCAGGGAAGAUAUGGAAACUUUGAAGACAGAAGUGGAGUUUUAUAGAGUGGACGAGAAGAAAACUAGGAUUGGAAAUUUACUUGUUGAUAAACAUUCUAUUCAUUUCAAGAAAUGAUUUUGUAAUUAUAAUAUAUGUAAUCUUCUGUUCGUGUAGGAAAAAUUAAAAACAAAAUUCCUUUUA